CCAUGAUUAUAGUAGUGUUAUAAGUCACUACAGAGGCAGCGGUUAUUGGUAUUUGACAGUUGUUUUUGAUCAGUCGCGGUGAACACUACGUACCUGAACAACAUCAUGUUCAAGACAGUACUAUGCGGCGUCUAUGCGACAAGUGGCAUCGCCCUGAUAUUUCUCUUUGUGAUGCUUUGUGCCUUGAGUGAGAAAGUAAGAUACCGAGCGAAAUUCACCUUCUUCAUAGUAGGCAGCGCAUUAGCUGCAGGAUUGUGGAUUCCGUUCAUGCUGUUUCGAAUCGGUAGCUGGAAAAAUGCACUAAUGCCGGCCAGAUGUGUAGUAAGAAUAGCGAAGAUCAUUGGAAUCAAAUUCCGUUUUCGCGGUAAAGAGAAUAUCAUCAAAGACUCUGGCUGUGUCGUGCUCAUCAAUCAUCAGAGUUCACUAGAUCUUUGUGUUUUAGGUGAAUUGUGGUUAGCGAUGGAGAAUUGCACUGUAAUUUCUAAAAAAGAGAUUUUGUAUCUUGGACCAUUUGGUCUCGCGACUUGGCUUUGGGGAACAGUGUUCAUCGAUAGGAAAAAUGUUGAAGAAGCCCAAAAAAUUAUUAACGCUACAGCGGAAUCUAUUCGUCUGGCAAAGCGGAGACUUCUUCUAUUUCCCGAAGGACACCGACAUUCGGGUAAUUCGUUGCUUCCUUUCAAGAAAGGCGCUUUUCAUGUCGCAAUUGAAUCUCAAAUGCCGAUUCAACCUGUUGUCGUGUCAAAGUACUACUUCUUAGAUGGCAAAUUAAAAAGAUUUUAUUCAGGAACUAGUUAUAUUACGGUUCUACCGCCUAUUCCUACCGCGGGUUUGACCAAAAACGAUCUUCCAAAGCUUAUGAAGGAAGUGUACGAUGUUAUGAACAAAACUUUCGUGGAAUCUACGACGGAAUGCCUCGAAGAACAAAUACAAGGUUUUAAGAAUAUGCAAAUUGUAGUACCUGCUAUAAAAUCAUACAAUAUCUAUAAAUCAUCUCAUAUAUUUAUGUAUUUCAAUGUAUGCAUACUAUAUUAGAUAUAUGAUAACUUUACAUUAAAAAAUUCAAUCUAGAUAUUUGGAAUCAAUUGUUAUUUCUAUUGUUCUCUAUAUGCGCAAUUAAUUUAUAAUAUUACUUUUUUUUAUAAGAGAACAAUGUUUUUUUUUCUAUAUUUAAGCAUGUUAUGAGUUUGUAAAAAUUUAA